AUGGGAAACUGUUUCGAUAAAGACCAGGAACACCGGAUACCGCUCGGCGAUCGAGUGGAUCCUGCACCCUUGAAGAGCAGCGAAUCGCUCAUAAUAUUCGUGGUGGGUGGUCCCGGUGUUGGGAAGAGCACUUUGUGCAAGAAGCUGAUGACGAAGUACGGUUUGAUUCUUGUCUGGGUGUCGAAUAUACUGAGGGAGGAGGUCGCGACAGAUUCGGAAAGAGGGCAGCUCUUCAAGGCGAUCAUGGAGAGGGGUGAGAACGUGCCUGCCGAGGUGAUCGUUCAACUGGUGGUACGGAAGAUGCUGCAGUAUCCGCACGCGUACGGUUAUCUGAUCGUCGGUUUCCCCAGGGACAAGAAACAGGCUGUGUUGUUCAACACCGAGGUGAGAUCGCCAAAUCUGUUGUUGAAUUUGUACGCGAGAAGGGGUGCCAUUGCACCGAAUAAAAAUGUGACCAAGGUGAUCGACGCGGAGACAACCGUGGACGAAGUGUACAGAGAGGCGUGCAGGAUCAUCGACGAACUCGUGAAAAAGUCGAAGCGUUGA